AUGGAAGGUAUGGAAGGGAUGAAAGCGGAUGAGCCAAAUGAACAGCAUGAAAGCGGACCACAACGGAUCACAAGUAUGAAAGCGAUGAAAGGUAUGGAAGGUAUCAAAGCGGAUGACCGGAAUGAAAAGUAUGAAGGCGGAUCACAAUAUGAACGGCAUGAAAUGGAUGAAAACGAUGAACGCGAUGAAACCGAUGAACGAGAUGAAAUGUAUGAAAAGUAUGAAAGCCAUGGAAAGUAUGAAAGCGAUGAAAACGAUGAAAACGAUGAAAACGAUGAAAGCGAUGAAAACGAUGAAAACGAUGAACGAGAUGAAAUGUAUGAAAACUAUGCAAGAGAUGAAAAGUAUGAAAGAGAUGAAAAGUAUGAAAGCCAUAGAAAGUAUGAAAACGAUGAAAGCGAUGAAAACGAUGAACGAUAUGAAAUGUAUGAAAAGUAUGAAAGAGAUGAAAAGUAUGAAAGCCAUGGAAAGUAUGAAAACGAUGAAAGCGAUGAAAGCGAUGAAAACGAUGAACGAGAUGAAAUGUAUGAAAACUAUGGAAGAGGUGAAAAGUAUGAAAGCGAUGAAGAGUAUGAAAGCGAUUGA